GAGGCUGACGCGAAAGUUGCUUUGCGUCGUACAAGGACGUGGUCUGUGGAAGAGUAGUAGCUGAAACUGUAGCAAUCCGGCUAGUCCAGAGUUGCACAGGGAAACUUAGCGAUGAUUACUAUACAGUUGAAGACCAUCGCCACCAUCUCCUUUCUACAGUGCUUGAUUCAUGGAGUGCUUUGUCUGGUUUGUCCUAGCACAUGGCCCCCUUAUUCAGGGCCUCCAAUACCGAACAUUCCAGACCACUUCUCGAGCGACAUGAUCACUACUGACAUUGUUAAUGGAGCUACAUCCUACGAAAUGAAAAUUGAGAGAAUGUACGUAGAUGCAAAAAGAAAGCUAAUGGCAACAGAGCAAGGUGGAGAUUUUGAAAUUGGAGGAAGGAAAAUGAUAAUGGAUCACAACCGGAAACAGGCUAUGAUUAUUUCAAAGAAGAAAUGCAAUGUUACAAGUAUUUCAGACAUUCCACUUGAUGGAUUAAGGCCAUAUGGAAAUAACGAAUUCAGCUCUGGGAAUCAGCUUUUUCGCUUUGGUAAAGACUAUCACCUUGUUUACAAUGGAAAUUUUAGCUAUGAAGAUAAAGUAUUGGAUGCUUGGACAGAAUGUCUGCCUGCUCUGGGAAAGGGCAAUGACUUCAACAUAUCUGUGCAGUACCUUUUCACCAAGAAAGAUUCAAAGCAUGGCCAACAGUUCUUUGGAUUUUCAGCUGCAGCGUUAACUAAAAACCAGACUAUAAUGGUAAAGUUUGUUAACAUGAACCCUGGCACUCCUUCACCAGAGCAUUUGCAGGUGCCAAAUGAUGUCUUUUGUAAUAUGACAACAACCAAGGUUCAAUUACCCCGGUUUCCCGACGAGUUUGAAAUGAAUAUUGAAGUUCUUAUGUUAUCUAACAAAACUGGCUUCAAUGCUCGGGAUUACAUCGACACUAAAGAGAAAUAUUUUAGGUCGGAUCAUCAUCACAGAGAGAAUGGUGUUUUUGUUCCAGUCCAUGAAAUUCAUGACUUUAACACAGGUAUAAUGUACACCAUUGAUGUCAACACGUUUGAUUGUAAGGUCAAGCCACUGAGUAACCGUAGUUGGGAUUCAGUAGAAACGGAAGACCACCAUCAUAUUCGUAUGAAAACCACCAAUGAAUUCAUGGGAAUUGAUGGGCAAAGAUAUAUUCAUGAAGGUUUUACGACCGUAAGAGGGAUACCUGUGGAUGUGUUUUCAAAUAUGAUGCCUAGUAGGAGACAUCCUGGGCAAAUGGUUUUGCGAAAGUGGUAUUUUUCACGGCCUGACUGGAAAAUUGGUGGAAUGGAAGGACCUUUAAAUGACACUCGCGUACCGGUUAUGUUAACAUGGGGUCAUGAUGGCCGAAAAAGCGUUAUGAAUUUCUUUAACUAUGAUCCUGUGGAAACUGCUAAUCACAUUUUAUGGCCACUACGUGCAUGCUAUUCGAACAACCGGCAUUACAUGUACUUUCGACUUAGUGGCCAAUACGAUUCGUUUGGUGCUGAACAUCAAAGAUCACUUACAAAUUCAAUACGCAAUUCAUUGGCUAAAGCAGCUGGUAUCAGUAAGCUUAGAGUGUCAUCUGUCUUGAUUUUUAAAUCCGGUUAUGGAGGUGUUGUUGCCGUCCGGGUUUAUGUGCUAGGUCUUCCCCCUGUCAAGGGUUCGGUCCUAGUUCUGCAUCCGAAACACGAGCUACCUUUGAAGACUGCAGUUGACCGCAUACGGGAUUCAAUCACCUCUGGAAAAUUCAAGGUUCUCGUUAAUGUGAAAGAUGCUACUGGAGUCAAGGUUAAGUCACUACCAGCGCAGAAAGAUUCAUAUUAUGAUGUGUUUGUCGAUGGUCCAGACCCACAGCCCCCCAAUAGUGUUAAAAAAGGCAAGGCAGGAAUGGCUGCUGGAGCAGUUGCGGCGAUAUCAAUCGCAUUUAUCGUGAUUGCGGUCCUUCUUACGGUCGCCCUGAUGCACUUCAUUCUCAAAAGACGUGGAAUUCAAUUGUUUCAAUAUUCAAGGCACUCAGAUGACCCUACUGCAUAGACCUUCCUUCUACAAAUGAGAAGAGACGGAUUAUCGAUGAAUUCUUGCCACAAGUUAAAAUAAAGGCACAUAAUUAACAUAAUUAAAUACUACAUAAUUAAGUUUGUUGUAUUUUCAGUAUAACGUGGGAUGUGAUAUCGCCUCACUUAAAGACUAGAAUGAUAAUUAGAUGUUGGUAUUAUUUUUGCCAUAAGUUUUCACUUUUGAGUGGUAGCCGACAGUAUACCCCGGCAAAGCAUGACUUAAUUAUUCAAAAUUGAGUUACAAAAAGUUGUUCUCGGGUCUUGUUUUAAAUGUGCCUAUUGGCGUUGAAGGUUUAAAGGUUGUUACACAAGGCUUAUAUCUAAAACAUGUAUUGGUUGAUGAUGCCUGGCAAUAGGGGUGUCUUGUAGCAAUUGACGGUUCAGGAGACAAUAUCCUUUGAUAUAAAACCUUAUGAUGUUAAUCAAAGAAAGCUGGUCUGUGAGCUCUAAAUUUUAGGUUCUACUUUGCGACUAUUUACUGUAUACAAAGCAGUUCUAUUUUAUUCUUAUAUUUUAACUCGUUAGCUCUGUUUUAAACAUAACGAGUUUAACUACCCUAUGGACAGAUUCAACUGUGCAUGCAACCAAGUUGUUUUUUCUUUGCAAACCAACAGCAUUUUAUUCGUGUAUUAUGGCAGUCCUAAAAUAAAGAUCCGUUUUGUUAGAAUAUCCUGUUAUAAAAUUCGAAUAGCUAGUUAUCGUCAAAAGCUCUCCUUUUCUAUUGAUUCCUUGAAAUUCAGAAUAAAAAUCAGGUUAACCUGUAAAAUCAGUAAAAAUUAGUAAAAUGGCAUAAUCUAAUAUCCUACUUGACUCUUUCUUUCGUUCCAUGUAUUUAUGUAGUUGAUAUCUUCUUUAGAGAUCAACAAACAUGUAUAGACUGAAUUUGACGAGGUCGUAGCAAUUGAAAAAUGUGUAGCCGUUGCUUUAUGUAGUGGAAACAGCUUGCCAAGUAAGCAUUUUACAACUAUUGUGAUGUUACAUUGAAGCUCCAGUUUUUUUAAAUCCCCUUGCAAAGUUUUUGUCAUGUCGUAUAUGCUUAACUAAUGAAUAAUGAGGAUUAAAUAUGAUGAGCACUA